AUGAGUUACGCUUUGCGCUGCCGGGCAGCACGUACCUGCAGCAGAAGGGCAUUGGAAACUACUAUCUCUCGUAUACGGGCAGCGACCAAUUCGGAUCUCCGUUUCUAUACUACUCCCCCGGCAACAAUUGCCCUCGAGACGCAUGUACGAAGCAGCAGUCAACGACAACACGCUUCGUCGGCGACUGAGCUGCAACUCCUUGGACGUAAUAGGAAACGGUUCAAUAUCGAUAACAUUCGCCGGUAUGCCUCUCAGGCAGAAGAAUCGAGUUCUACGGGCGAAGACAAUCCAGGACUUCAGGAGGCAGUGUCACUGCUCAAACUGAUCUUACCCGUCACUACGCACGAGCAUGAUGAUCACGAUCAGAAAGACGUCGAGCCCCUGGCUCUCCUUGUUCACCCCCAGCAACCUCUGUCCUAUCUUGAACGGCUGAUCCAGGCCGAAGUCCCGCCGAUAAAAGGCGAGCACGACCAGCUGCGACCUCCAACGGUGUCGUUCCUGGCCAUGGAGGUCCAGGACGACGCCCUCAAACCCAAAUCCGCCUCCAGACAUGAAAAACACCAUGCUGGAGACGGUGACGAGGAAAAACCGCCGGAAGAUGAAUCGGCGUCCGAUCUGAGAGGCGGACCGGGCGAAGGCGGCGUCGAAAUGUACCGCAAUCUGGAAAAGAGCGAGCCCGAGGCCGUCAACCAGGGCCGGUUCGUGCGAUGGUCGUCCUCGACGGAGAUCGGGGACUUCAUUCGGGAUGCUGCUCGGGCGCGGGAGUUCCUCGUCGCCAUCGAGGGCUCGCCCUUGGGCAACAUCCCCGUUGGGGUGCCGUCCUUCAACGACCGCACGUACUAUCUGAGGAUGCGGCUGCGAAAGAUCUCGCAGAAACUGAAGGAUCUGGCCGUGGUCAAGCACGAAUGCGACAUGCUAGCGCACCGGGGCGCGCAGCGGAUGGCGCUCGGCGGGUUGGGCGUGCUGGUGGUAUGGUGGUACGUGGUGUACAGACUGACAUUUCAGACGUCGCUGGGCUGGGACACGAUGGAGCCGGUGACGUACCUGGUCAGUCUCUCGGCGCUGAUGUGCGGCUAUGCGUGGUUUCUCUACCACAACCGGGAGAUCUCGUACCGCUCCGCGCUGGACUUUACGAUCAACCGGCGGCAGCAGCGACUAUACAAGAUGAAAGUGUUCGACCUGCAGGCGUGGGAGUCCCUCGUGGACGAGGCCAACGAGCUGCGGCGGGAGAUCAAGACCGUGGCAGCCGAGUACGACGUUGAUUGGGACGAGACGGCGGACGAGCACGAUGUGCAGGUGACGGAGGAGCUGAAGAAGGAGCGACACCACCGGAACGGCCACCAUUCGGAGAGGAAGAGCAAGGAUAUCCAUGAUGAGGCGGAGUGGCGUGUUAAUUAA